CCAAAACAACAAUUUUAUGUAUGUGUACAUGCAUGACAUUUCAAACCACUGGGCAGAAUUAAGCUGCUACUCGUGCUGCAAGUAAGAACUUACAGAUUAAUUAAUUUAAGAAUAAUUAAUUCACCUUAAUCAAAACAGUGUCGCAAAUUUAAUUGCAUCCUUAAUUACCCAAAAAGCAGCAAACCUUAGUAAAGUUGCAAUGAUUUCCAUCACCGGAAUUUUGUGGAUACUUUUGUAUCUGGUUGUUUUCUUCGUCAUGUUAUUCGUCUAUUCGAUUAUCAGAGAAAAUUUGUACUUCCGGUCGAAGAAAGUCUUGAACAUGGGAAACAUUGUAAUAACUGCCUUCUACUACUUGAUCUACAAGAAAAAAGGCAGACUUGCCAUCAUUCAAGUGAGUUACGAACAAAUGAAAAAAGCGCAAGUGUCCAUUGCGGGGAAAAUGGUGAUGGGGGUCGCUAAUUACUUUGUUAUAGAUUCAGACAUGUUGAAGCAAAUUCUUGUCAAAGAUUUCGAUCAUUUUGUGAACCGUCGUUUCCAAAUGUCUGAGCAUGACAUUCUCGCGAAUAAGAUGCUCAUUUUUCAGAAUGAUGAGAAGUGGAAGUCAUUGAGAUCAAAAAUGAGCCCGACUUUCACCACGGGAAAGAUUAAGCGUCUCUUCUCCCUGUUCAACGACAGUGCAAAGAAGUUGGUGAAAUAUGUCGACGAAAGGAUGGCGGAGUCGACCGAUGGCGAAAUCGACUUGGGCGAAGGAUACUCAAAAUUCACAAUGGACACGAUCGCCUCCGCCGUUUGUGGCAUGAACUCGCAAGCGUUCGAUCAAACUGAACACUCGCUUUUUGAGUUAAUGGGAAAAAAGCUGCAAAUUACUUUUAACUCGAAGAAUAUUUUCAAGUUUUUGAUCCUGCUCGGAUUUUCCAAAAUUUCUAAGGGAGCUGGCAUUACAAUGUUUGAGGAGGAUAUGCACCAAUUUUUCGCACGUGCGAUCAAAUCGUCGAUUAAAGAGAGAAACGAAACGGGCCAAAAAGGGAACGACUUUAUUCAGUUGAUGUUGGAGGUGAGGGAAGAUAAGCUGAAGACGGAUGAAAGUGAGUUGGACAGUUUUGAGAAGGAUGCCAUCAUAAAGAGCGAGGUCAAAGGUCAAGUGUCGACUGCCGACCUGUUGGAUGAUGACGGAAUAGUGUCAAAUUGCGUACUAUUCAUUUUGGCUGGAUUUGAUACGACACAAUCACUUUUGUUAUUUUGUGCCUAUGCCCUCGCAAUUUAUCCCGAAAUUCAGGAAAAGCUGAGGACGGAAGUUGAAGCCGUUUUGGAUGAAAAUGAUGGCGAUUUCACCUAUGAUUCGAUACACAAGAUGACGUACCUCGACAUGGUCAUUAAUGAAACCCUGCGAUUUUACCCACCCGCCCCCACUACGGAUCGAGCUUGCACUCAAGAUUGCUCGCUUCCUGGUACUGAUAUCACUAUUAAGAAAGGAGAAGUAGUGAUAGUUCCGAUAUUUGGAAUUCAUCACGACGAACGGUACUAUCCAGAACCCGAAAAGUUUGAUCCUGAGCGAUUCUCACCGGAAAAUAAGGGAAAAAUUAACACCUACGCUUUCCUUCCGUUCGGACAAGGGCCUAGAAAUUGCAUUGGAAUGAGAUUUGCAUUGACGGAGGUGAAGCUGGCGAUUGCCCAACUCGUUCACAAUUUUGAUAUCGAACCCUCCAAAAGAACGCUAAUUCCGAUGGCAUAUCAAAAUGCAGGAUCUCUGAAACCCAAGGAUGGAACGAUGUGGCUGGCCCUCAAGCGAAGGACUCCUGCAGUUGACUGAAAAGUAGUGAAAAGUCUUUAACUUUCCGUGAAGUAUUAUGUAAAUAUAUCUAAUCAUUACUUUAUGAAGAAAUGAAUUGUAGCCAGACUUAACUUUGGGUACAAAAAAUAAGUUUCCAUUUUCAUAAUCGCUAUUUCUUAAUUUUCCACUAUUUCUAUAAAUCUCAGGAAUAAAGUAUCGACAGUUGUUUAAUUUAUGCAAUAAUUUUUAUUCGAGUUGAAAUUAAAAUAUAUGCAUGCAUACCAGACAAAAUAUACAUUCGUAUUGAUUAGACAGUUCCAUUUGAACUAAAAUUUAUAUCCUGAUCUUUCCAGCAUUAUCUUUUAAUUCUAUUGACAAUUCCGUCACCAAUAAAAUUACAAACAUUGACCGAAGAUUA